AUGGAACACCUCGAUCAACUUUUAGCACGUGCAAUGACGAAUUCUGGGGUACCUCUUCUGGAUCAAUCUGAUCUUCACGACACAGUUCCAGACGUACCUUUACAACAAGAUAUGAGCGGCCCAGUACUGGAGUUCGACAACGGAGGGGUUCGGCGUUAUCCCACAAGAGAUCGAGAACCACCCAAUCGUUUUGAAUGACAAUCGAACGAUAGAACUAUUUAUUGUUAGAAAAUGAGUAUUUAGAAACUCUUGAUAUUUUGGAUAUUAGGGGAGGAAUGUUGAGUACUUUAUGUACCGUUAGUGACGUAAACCGGAUGUGACGUUGGAUCACACCGCGUUGUUGUUCUUUACUAAGAGCUCGAUUAAGAGUGAACCGUAAUAUACUUGUUCAUGUUGUUUUAAUAUCGAAAUAUAAACUACAAAACACUACACGUACUUAAAAAAAACGGCCAAAAUGUGGCGAUCUGAAUGGCAAUAGGGAAGUCGGACUGUACUCCAUUUCCUACCCGAACACGUGGUAUACUCUACGUAAAGGUGAUAAUCAUAUUUUUUACAGUGAUGACGGUUUUAUUUUCUCAACGGCCUGUGUGGAUUAUGGUUACUACGAGACAGUGCGAGACCUUAUCGCCGCCGUUAACAAAGCCUUGGUGAAAGAGACCGGAAACCGUAAUAUCACAGUAUCAUUUGAUCCUCGAACUGCGAAAGUGAAAGUGACUAUAAAACAGAGGGGAUGGAUAUUGGCUUUAGCCACGAGGAUGUCCGCCAUGUUGGGGUUUCCAGGAAAAGAUGUCAAAAUUAAAAAAGUCCUUACGUGUCAGAUUUGUUCGGUAUCACGACAAUCUAUGUUUAUUGUAAUAUUGUUCAACCACAGAUCGUCGGAGAUAUGAGUUCCCAUUUACUCAGAACCAUUCCUGUAAAUGGCAAAUCUGGUGACGUCAUUGCUAAAACGUUCACCAACAUACAAUACGUGCCUGUCCAAACGAAAUCCUUUGAAGAUGUGGAAAUUCUUCUAAGGGAUGACAUCGGCUAUCCAGUGCCAUUUGAACGUGGGAAGGUGAUAGCGACACUGUACUUCAGAAAGCAGAGUUAUUUCACUUGAGAAAGAUGAAUAAUCCACACGUACGCUAUUAUUUGGAACAACAACAAGGGCGUAGCAUGCCUGUUUUCAGGGGGAGCCCAUGGCAGGCCGGGUAUGAGCAGACCGGGUACGGCUUGGGGGCCUGUUUCGUAAUCUUGCAAGAAGAAGCAUGCCUCUGAUCAAAACUGGAGCGAAAGCGCUUGGAAAAAUUGCUUUGAAAAGUGGGGCCGACUUCCUGGGGGAUGUUCUCUCGGGUAAAAACGUGAAAGAAGCAGCAAAAGCGCGAGCCGUGGAGGCAGCUCAUGUUGCGAAAAGAAAAGCUAUAAAUAAAGUGAUGGGUCAAACAGGAAUUGGGAAACGUGCGAAGCGCUCGGGAAGUGUAAAGUGA